AAUGUCCUCUCAUUUCCGCCGCACCACAAUCCCUUCUAUUCUAUUGUUCUUCUAGACUUCUAUUGUACACCGGUAGCUAGUAAAAACUAGCCUCUUCUUUUUCUUUCCUAGCUCUCUUGGUCUUUUUCAGUCGCAAAUUUUUAGUUAGAAACACCAUGGCAAUCAGAAAGUCUUCCAACAAAUUUUCACAAGCAGCAGUGAUCAAGCAAAUCAUGAAGAGAUGUUCAAGCUUGGGAAAGAAACAAGGUUAUGAUGAAGAAGGGCUUCCUGUGGACGUCCCAAAAGGUCACUUUGUCGUGUACGUUGGGGAAAAUAGAACAAGAUAUAUAGUUCCCAUUUCAUUCUUGACAAGGCCUGAGUUCCAAAUCCUUUUACAGAGAGCUGAAGAAGAAUUUGGGUUCGAUCACGACAUGGGACUCACAAUUCCUUGCGAAGAAGUCGUCUUUGAAUCUUUAACAUCAAUGCUUAGAUAGAGAGAAAUUUGGCAGAAGCAGAAGAUUAUCACGAAGUUAGCUGGGUACUUCAUUAAUUGUCUCAUAAUUAUGUAAUAUUAACCUUCUCUGGCUACCUAUUCUUUUUAGCUUUUGAGAUGUUGUUUAUGGCUAACCAGAAACCCAAGCCAGGUUGCAUUGUGGGUUUUAGCUAGCUAGAUUUGUAAAUCUCAAAAGUUCGGAAAUUUUCCCUCGCGGUGGUGUUCGAUUGUAACUUAAUGUGUACCCUGUGAGAGUAACUAAUACAGCUAUAUAUCAAGAAUCUUUGAUUUUGAUAGUA